AUGCAUUUUUCCAAGCUUUUGGCCGUGGCCAGUCUUGCAAUUGUGGCCCUCGCCCAUCCCGGGCUUCACGCUCACAUUUUUAAAAAGGAAGUCGCUCGCCGAGAUGGGCUUUCCAAACGCUGUGCCAACCACAUUGCACGUUUAAAUGACAAACGCUGGAAGCGGAAUACUUUCGGUAAACGUUCCCGCGGUAACACCACCGUGCAGAUCCAGACCGAAGCACCUUAUUACGAUGGGGACGCCGGGCUAAUCCUCGGUCAUAUCCUGACGGAGGGCUUGGGAGCGCGGCCACAACUCAACAUCACUGAUUUCGAAAUUGGUGUCACGGACCUCCGCACCGACGACACCACUUUCUUGCGUGGAAUGUGGCUGACUGACGUCAACGGCGUGGUGGAAAUGAAGACCAUUUUCCCAGCUAAGCUCCACCCGCUGCAUCACAUGGGCUCACCCUUUGCAUAUAAACCUGGAUUUUACAUUGGAAGAGCGAUCCACAUUCAUGUGCAAGUUUACACCGACUGGACCAUCUGUGGAAAUGGCACCAUCACCUACGGUAACACAGUCAGCACCGGUCAGGUAUACUUUGAAGAGGAGCUUGAGGAAAGGAUCAUGGCUUUGGAGCCCUAUGCCUCACAUACAGAGAUUAACCGCACCACCAAUGCUGCCGGCAGCGUCUUUAGCGAAGACACUGCAAAUGGUUACAACCCGAUCAUCUCUAUCGUUCCUAUUGACGGCAACGAUAUGACCAAAGGGUAUGGUGGGAUACAUCGCUCUCGGGGUAGACACGACCGCAAUCGAUUACUGCAGAAAGCCUGA